UAAUAGAAGGUAGCAGGAAAUAAUGUUUAUAUAAAGCAAGGGAAGGUAUCUGAAUUUCUGGUCUAGCUAUGAAUAUAUAUAUAGUAGGUUCUUCUCUUUGAACACUCCUUAUAAUUUUCCUAUCUCUCUACAGAAGAAAGUUGUUAAAUUGGCAUUUGAAAUUCUCUUGAAGAUGGCAGUCAACGUUAGCGUGAGAGAGUCGACGGUGGUGAAGCCAGCGGUGGAGACACCUCGGCAGUCGCUUUGGAUGUCCAACUUGGACAUGAUCAGUUCAAAUGCUCAUACUCCCACUGUUUACAUCUACAAGCCAAAAGAUGGCGCAGACAGCUUCUUUGACCCGCGCGUGCUCAAGGACGCGCUCAGCAAGGCCCUCGUGUCCUUCUACCCCUUGGCCGGCCGUCUGAGGCAAAACAACGAGGACAAGAAUGCUCGUAUUGAAAUCAAUUGCAAUGGUGAGGGCGUGUUGUUUGUUGUGGCAGAUAGCAGCUCCUGCGCCGAUGAUUUUGCCCAUUUUAAGACCACUCUCGAGUUAGGGAGAUCGCUCAUCCCUGCGGUUGAUUACUCCGCGGGGAUAUCUUCUUUUCCACUCUUCGUGGUUCAGGUCACAUACCUAAAAUGCGGUGGAGUUGCACUUGGUAUUGGCUUUGAACACAGCGCAGCGGAUGGGUUUGCUGCUCUCCACUUUGUAAAAGCAUGGUCUGAUAUGGCUUGUGGUAUCGACUUGGCAAUCCCACCAACCCUCGACAGGACAUUACUUCGUGCCCGAGACCCGCCUCAGCCUCUCCUCGAUCACAACCACCAUCGCGAAUACCAUCCUACUCCAUCGGUCACAAAAGCCGCCGCUGCUUCUGAUCCCGAUCAUGAGCCGGCUACUGUCUCUGUUUUCAAGUUCACAAGGGAGCAGAUCAACAUCUUGAAAGCUAAGUCCUUAACAACCAAGAAAGAUGACGAUGUUGAUAACGGGAACUCCUUCGUUAAGUACACUUCGUAUGAGGUCUUUGCAGCUCAUGUAUGGAGAUCUGCAUGCAAGGCACGUGAACUUGCUGAUGAUCAAGAGACACAAUUCCACAUUGCAGCAAAUGGACGGUCGAGAUUGCAACCCCCACUCCCACCUGGUUACUUUGGUAAUGUGAUUUUCUCAUGUGCACCAACUGCCCUAGCAGGGGACCUCAUAUCCAAACCGAUGAGCUACGCUGCUAGCUGCAUUCACAAGGCUUUGGUGCGUAUGGACGAUGAGUAUCUCCGAUCAGCCCUCGACUAUCUUGAGCUUCAGCAGUCUCAUCAUCAUCUGUCGAGCCUUGCUCGCGGAGCUCAUUACUAUAAGAGCCCUAAUCUUGGGAUAACUAGCUGGGUUACGUUGCCGAUAUAUGACGCUGAUUUUGGUUGGGGUCGGCCAGUUUUCAUGGGACGCGGUGGACUUUCACAUGAAGGGAAGGCUUACAUGGUACCAAGUGCAAGUGAUGAUGGGAGUUUCUCACUGGGAAUUUCUCUGCAAUCUCGGCAUAUGAAAUCAUUUGCUAAGUUGAUUUACGACAUCUGAUAGUUGAUGCUGUUUUGUUCACCAUGUAUAUUUCAGACUUCGGCUCUUUGUGAUUCAGUGAUUUUUAAGGGUCUAUGUUACCUGCUAGGUCUAUCCUUUUCUCUAGCAUAUGAAUAAGCGUGGGUGGACAGCUUUACAGGUGUGCUGGUCCUCCCUCCUUCGAAAUCGAUGGUAGCUAGUUAGCUAGGCGCGGUGUGCACAUUGGCACUGAUUGGGCCUAUUCCUCUUCAUUUUCUUAUGUACAUGUGUUUGCAUUUGGUCAAGUAUUGUAAGCUUUCUUCUGUAGGCUACAUUGGUGUUCUUGUCCACCCAAGUGGGGGGCAGUGGCUGUAUAUAUAUUAUGGUGAUUUUCACUUAACGUAACCAGCGGAAUGAUGACUUGCUCCGAUCUUUUAU